CACUGUGGACUAAAAAGGUGCACACAUAAACGCAUAUACUGAUAAAUAAUUAGAUACUAUCAUGGUAGGCUACUGUCCAAUUUGCGGGAAGCCUGUCUACUUUGGUGAGAAGAAGAGGUCCUUAGGGAGAGACUACCAUCCUCUGUGUCUGAAGUGUCAGAAGUGUAACAGACAGCUCACCCCUGGACAACAUGCUGAGUAUGAUGAGAAGCCAUACUGUACACACUGCUAUUUGAAGAUGUUUGGACCGAGAGGUAACAGGUAACUGACGUCGGUGUGGCACAGUAUAUCCCCUCAACAAAAGCCAGGAUGAGGCAAAAUGAACAAAUGCUGACAUUUAAAAGAUCCGGUUUAUAUAAGGCAAAAGAUAAAGGAGUGAAUAAAUAAUAAUGAAGGACCGGAAUAUACUGUAAACCUUAUAGGACAGAGUGAGCUCUCUUUGUUCCCUUUUGACGAAUUAAAAUAUUUAUAAAUGUGGUAGAACUAGGCAAUGCUAUGUAUAUGUGACUGUUCACUUUUGUAAUGUAAAUUAAUUUGGAUGUAGAAAAG